GUUAUUUGGAGCUUGUCUCCAAAUAGAUGUCUUUAUCUGGAGAUGUUAUGGGAGCUAACUCCUCCGGUCUUGUUGGUUGGCAUGCACGCGGUUUAUAACUACGUCAUCAAGCCUGCGUCAUCAAGAAGAAACGCGCAGAGCUCCUCCUUUUUGUCUGGGAAGCCGAACAAACAGCAUGCCAAGACAACGAAGGCAACGUAUUACAACUGUGACUGGCAGACCCAGGCGUAAUGCACGGCGACAAGAAGUAGCCACAGAGUUACAGAGGUUAGCGUCAGCUACUCCACAGUCCGCUGAGCAGUGCCUUAAUUCAGACCCAGCUUCUUCGGUGGGAACACCUCAAACUGCGCAUACUGUUACAGCUACCAAUUUACAAUCGGGGACUUGUAGUUCUCGUGAAUGCAGCGAUCAGCUACAAGGCAGCUCUGAUUCUAUAGUCAAUCCCACGCAACAUGGUUACUCAAACAUCGGAAACUCUUACACUCCCGAGACUGUCAUAUCAGUACCUAGUGACACCUUCCAGUAUGCAACGUCGACACAAUUGCCUAGUAACCAAAUGGCAUGUUCUCAGAAUUUCAAUUGUCAUGGAAACGCACCAUCUGCCGGAUAUGUUAAUACUAUCUCACAACAAACUAAUCCGGGCAAUUACACUUCCGGUCAAUAUAUAUCGUCGGAACAUUUGAUGAGUACCCAACCAGGAACAGUACCCUAUGCGACAUGGGCACAGUUGCCUAGUAAUCCAGUGACAGGUUCUCAAAGUUUCGGUUGCCAUGGAAACGCAUCAUUUGUCGGAUAUGCUAAUACGAACACGCAACAAACUAACUCGGACAUUAACACUUUUGGUCAAUAUGUAUCAUCGGACCAUUUGACAAGUAGAUCUAUCCAACCAGGGACAGCAUCUGGCAUGGAUCACAAUGUAAACACUAUUUCAGAUGCAAGUGUUACAUCAGCUGUGAAUGUCCAACAACCAGUGUACCCCUACUCUAGCAACUCUGGGCCCGUUAUGCAACCCACUAGCAAUGUUCCCGCACAUAGUACCCAGCAAUACAUGGCUCAACCACUGUCGGAGGCUAAUUCACAUAUGUCAGACCAAGAUUCCCAAGGCCCGUUUACAGACAAGUUUCUAAUGGCUCAUCUAUGGGACCUAGGCCAUACACCGAUAGAUCCGGUGCGCUUAGACAUGUGGCUCCACGACUACGACCAUAAUGAAAGAAAUUAUUUAUUAUCCGGUUUCAGAGAGGGGUUUCGAAUCGAAUAUCAUGGUCCGCGUUACGCACUUCAUUCAAAAAAUUUAAAGUCUGCAGUAUUAAACCAAGAUUUAGUUCUUUCAAAAUUAUAUAAAGAGGUGGAGCUUGGUAGAAUACUUGGGCCAUUUAAGACGGAACCAUUCUCGAACCUUCGCACCAACCCUGUCGGACUGGUGCCAAAAAGCACUGGCGAUAUGCGAUUAAUAACACACCUAUCAUACCCAUACGGGAAUAGCGUUAAUGAUUUUAUAGACCCGGAAUUGUCUUCUGUUCAAUAUUCAAAGUUUGACAAUGUUAUUGAUAUAAUACAAAGGCUAGGACAGGGUACGUUAAUGGGGAAACGGGAUGUUAAAUCUGCAUUUAAUUUAAUACCUGUUCAUCCAGAGGAUUUUAAUAUUCUUGGAAUUAAAUGCGAUAACAAAUUUUGGAUUCAAAAAAUGCUUCCGCAAGGUUGUUCUAUUAGUCCGGCUAUUUUUGAACGUUUCGCAACUUCAUUACAAUAUGUUGUAGCAACGUUCGCUAAUUCAAAAAAUCUAGAUCAUUAUUUGGAUGAUUUUUUCUUUGCCGGUAAAGCUGGUACAAAUGAUUGCUCUGAUCUUUUAUCAUCUUUUGAAUAUAUUUGCAAUGAUAUUCAAGUUCCAAUAAAUGCCGAAAAAUCGGAAGGUCCCGUCACUACAUUAGUUUACCUUGGUUUAGAAAUAGAUACCAUCUGUAUGGAAAUCCGGGUACCCAGCGAUAAAAUUGAAAAGGCAAAAACACAGAUUUUAGAAGCUAUUACGAAAAAGAAAAUAACUUUAAAAGCACUGCAGUCCAUACUUGGAAGCCUUAAUUUUUUCUCGAAAGCCAUUCCUACUGGCAGAACUUUCAGCUGUAGAUUGUAUCAAGCGCAAGUCCAAGCCAAAUUACCUCAUCACUAUGUCCGUCUUAAUAAGGACACGAAAGAAGACUUAAACAUGUGGUUAACCUUUUUAAACUCAUUUAAUGGAACUACCAUUAUGUCAGAACAGGAAUGGCUUUCAGAUAACCACAUAAAUCUGUACACCGACGCCGCCGGAAACAAAUCGUUAGCAUGUGGUGCUUACUUGAACGGAGAAUGGUUAGUUUAUAAAUGGCCUGGUCACUGGAAUGAGGCUGUGUUUAGGGACAUCACACUUUUAGAAUUAGUCCCGAUCCUUUUGGCCUUUUUAAUGUGGGAUAAACAAUUAAAAGGAAAGAAGCUAAUGCUACAUUGUGAUAACAUGAGUCUCGUUCAUAUUAUUAACAAAAAGACAUCCCGUAACCAACGGGUGUUAGACUUGUUAAGAAAACUAGUUUUAGUUCUUUUAGAAAACAAUAUACAAGUUAAGGCUGUUCACAUCACGUCAAGAGCAAACGAACUUUGCGAUGCUAUAAGCCGUCUACAAUUUAACAGAAUUAAAACUUUAUUACCAGCCUUCGCUAGCGAAACCCCUCUCAUGAUUCCCUCUGAAUUUCAGGAGUUUAUCAGCACGAAAUUAGCAGAUUGAUUAAAGGAUCUAUCUCAGAAAAUACACAUAAAUGUUACAGAGCUGGAACUGACGCGUUCGAAAACUUUAGGCAACGAAUGCAUUACAGCAAGCACUGGCCUCCAAGCGUCCAACAAUUGGCAGAAUAUAUAGCUUAUAUGUCGCGGAAUGGGUAUUCAUACAGGUCUGUUGGUUGUCACGUGGCUGCAGUUGCAUUCACAUGUAAAAUCAAUAAUUUAGUAGAUACUACACAGAAUUUCUUUAUUCGGAAAAUGAUUGAAGGCAUGAAGCGUUUACAAUGUUGACGCGACAUAAGACAACCAAUCACCAUAGAUAUGUUAACUAACAUCACAAAAAAAUUGUGUCUUAUUUGUAGCUCCGAGUACGAAGCACUUCUCUUCAAGACGGCAUUUUUACUGGCAUUCUUUGGUUUAUUGAGGGUCAGUGAAAUAAAUUUUCCGAAACAAAAUAUUAUCAUAUUUCAAAAUUAUAUUCAGGUGCAUCUUGCCACGUCAAAAACUGAUCAGUUAGGCAAAGGCGCUACGAUAAAGAUUAAUUUGCAAUCGAGCGAUUGUAUUUUGCUAAGGGAAAGCGUUACACAAUUUUAUUCAGCCAGACCAAACGUAGAUGGACAAUUUCUAUGUCAUUUAAACGGUGCGCCAUUGACUCAGUAUCAGUUUAGACAAAUGCUUCGUAAGUCUCUAACAUUUUUGGGAUAUCCGCUUAAGUCCUUUCAAACGCACUCAUUUCGUAUAGGGGGAGCUUCAUAUUUGUAUGUUAAGGGUGUCCCUGAGCAAACAAUCAGGACUUACGGACGUUGGAGGUCAGUCGCUUACAAGAGAUACAUUAGAUUAUAAGUUUAUAACAUUUUCAGAUAUCACUACAGUAUGGAUAGUUGGGUCUUCGAUUAUCCGAGAUGCCUUCUACCAUACGCAAGACAAGAAUCUUCAAUUACCCAAUGUCAGUAUAUACUGGGAUUAUCAGCCGGGCAUGAGAAUUCAUCAUUUAGUAGAAAAAAUUCAGAAUUUGCUCACUAGGUAUGUGCCUCUUGAUUAUAUAGUGAUACACUGUGGCGGAAACGAUAUUGGCCAGAGCCCAUUAAACAGCACCGAGCUACUAGCUAUAGAUGCCGUACAAAAUAUACAGUCAUUAACAAAUGCAAGAAUUAUUUGGUCACAAAUUCUUCCGCGAUUGGUGUAUAGGAAUGAGGUAAAUCACACAAAAUUAAACAAAGCCCGAAGACGUUUCAAUACUGUAAUGGCAGGAGUGUGUCGCCAAAUUGGAGGGGCUUACACAAGACAUCCUCAAAUAUCAGAAAGAAAUUAUUUAUUUAGGGAUUAUGUUCAUCUCUCUGCUAUAGCGAAUGAUAUAUUUUUAAGUAAUUUGAAGCACGGUUUAAAUGCAAUCAUAUAUUAUAAUUAUGCUUGCUUCCCGGACGAAAGAUAUUAAAGAUUAUUGUUUGUAAUUAUAUUGGGCUUGGUAUUGGAAUGUUAUAACCUGAUGCAUACUAAAGUAAUUGAAUUUGAAAAUAUGCUUAAUACACAGUGUUAAACUAGAACAAUUGAUCUGUCCGAUAUCCGGAGGAAACAGUAUUUGUUUUUUAGCGUCUGCAAAUCCAGCGUAAUGACUUUUCUGACAUCCAGAGUUUAUCUCUAGUUCGUUAUACGCUUGCCUUAAGUUCAAGCGAAAUAAUCUUUCCGAAUUCCGGAGGCAAUUUAUAUAUGUUGAAGAUGAGCCAUUUUGCCCGUAUGGGUCGGCCAUCUUAGCGAAAGUCGGUGACCGACAUCCGGCACCACCUACCGAUAUCCGGAGGCUGAGUUUUUCGACAUCCGGAAACUCUUAACCUACCGACAUCCGGAGGUUAACUUUAUUACAAGAAAAUCAUGUUCAAGUUUUUCAGGGGGGCCCCAUUGGUUUAUCGGGAGACCACUUAUAAUAAAAAUUCUUCAAAUUUGAAAGUGUCUUAUUGAAUGCAUUGUUUGCGGGGUUUGAUAAAAUAGCCCUAGUCCUUGGCAGGGCUCGGGUUUAACCCGAGCUAUGGCAUUCUAGUGCUUAUUUUAUCAAAUAUUCUCACAUCUUACAUGGAAAUAUCAUUAUUUGUAGAUACAUGAUUUAGUAAUAAUGCUUAAUUUUAUAUACUUGUGCUAUUUGGUUAAUUUGCAAAUAUCUAGUAUUGACAUGCUAGUUUUAAUGAGAGUCAGUCAUAGCCAACCAACUGCCAAACUUUACAUGAUCAUUUCAAA